GAGCACAUUGUGCUGUGGGACAGCAGGAAUCAAGCAUCUGGGGUCGCGCUCACAUAUAAUAAACUGAUGCGCACUAAUGCGCACACUGGCUCAUCUGACGCGCGCCUUUGGUUACGCGUCUAUCAUGGUGGUUCUCGCUUAAAACGAGGAUUAUUUUAGAAAGACUCCGAUCGUGAGUAUAACGGACAUCUACUGCUAGUGCAUUUGACAGUUUGUAAUUUUUGCCUCGUUUGUUGUAUGAAAUCAUUGGUCUGCUCUUCGGACACCUCUUACGCAUUAGAAAGCUUGUGAUAUCGCACAAGUUUGUAGUUGGAAUUGAUUUUCGGACACGUCGUUUUGGAGAUUUCUAUCAGUCGGACGGUGGUCCUUUUGUAUGGAUGUAGUGGGUCGGACUGAGUCGGACCGAUCCGGGGGUUCCAGACGCGCUUCCCCGAGAUUCCCCAGCAGCAUCACCGUCCAGCAGCAGGCGACAUGAUCCUUCUGGGAAUACUUCUAAAUCUGUUCGUCAUUAAGGGGUCUGUUCCCUCUGUGGUGCCGGUGUUCCCGGGGACUGCGGACUGCAUCGAGGCUGUACAGGAAUGUGUGUUAGACCCGGAGUGUAAGCGACCGUUCCGGCACCUGGAGUACUGUGUGGACGAGGAGGCGGUGGCUCCCCUGGGUCUGGAGGCACGGCAGGCCUGCGUCGAUGCCCAGAACAACCUCAUGAACUAUCAGCCCCUGCAAGAAUGCAAGUGUCAGCGAGGGGCUCGCAUGGAACAACAGUGCCUGAGCGUUUACUGGACCAUCCGUUUUCCACAGGGUUAUGAUGACAUUGAGACGUCCCCAUAUGAAGACAUUGAACUGGAACUUGUGAGGAAUACUGAAACAUCAAAACUAGCCUCAAUAGUUUCAGUGUCGUCCCUUCCUCUGACGGAUCAGAACCAGUGUCUGAAAGCAGCUCAGGACUGUGGGUUGUACGAGAAGUGUGGUUCCCUGCGCUCUGAGUAUGCGUUAGCUUGCACUAAGAUCAUACCUGGCACCAACCACUGUAACCGGCACAAAUGCCACCGGGCCCUGCGGAGGUUCCUGGAGCGUGUUCCAGAGGAGUACAGCUUUGGUGUCUUAUUUUGCCCCUGUUCGGAUACUCUAUGCGGGGAGAGGAGGAGAAAAACCAUCGUGCCCUCCUGUUCCUACGAGGAGCGAGACGGACAGCCCAACUGCCUUAAUCUGGAGGGCUACUGCUUCAAAGACAACCUGUGCAGGUCAAGACUGGCUGAUUUCCAGCAGAACUGUCAGCCGUCUUCUGUCUCUCCCUCCGGCUGUCUCCGGGAAAGUGGAGCCGUGUGCCUCAAGGCCUACGCUGGGCUCAUCGGUACCAUAAUGACACCAAACUACGUGAGUAACAGCAGUACAGAGGUGUCGCAGUGGUGUAAUUGCGAAGGCAGCGGGAACCAGUGGCAGGACUGCCUGCGUAUCCUGCACAUGUUCACCAGCAACACCUGCCUGCGUAAUGCCAUUGAUAACAUGGGAAGCUCCACCCCUCGUCCAGUAGAGGGAACGCCCCUCCCUCCACCUCGCCCUUCCCCCCAGGUCCAGCGUGAUGAGAUGAACAUCAACCUUCUGCCUGAACCCAAUGCAGUGGUAGAAAGCGAAGAAGAAGAAGAUGAGGAGGAGGAGGAAGAGGAAGAAGACCAAACCGGAGGAGGGUUCAACGUCAUCCCUCCGUUCUCGGACAAGGCGACAGUCACUAACCUGGGCUCUGAGGCCGGGAGAGUCCACAGCUUGGCCACCACCCUCUCCGUCCCUCACUUCCUACUCACGGUUCAGCUGCUGAUUGCCCUUUUCUGGGGGUAA